CCGGCGUACCCACGACACCGCGAUGGCACUAUCUUUGUUAUCGAGGGGUGCCCACUAUUAAUUCAUUAAAUUGAUAGAGUAUCAAGCGGUACCCAACCGAUGCAGCAUGUGAACCCUUUAAAGUGACAAGUGCUCGUGAUACUUUGUGUGGAUUUUACGUUUCUAGCUCAAUUAUUUUAGUUUUGGGAAUUAGCAGUACCAAUUAGAAUAACAAAAUGUAUGGCAGACCCCUACUAUACCUACUGACACUAUGUGCUAUAGCGUUAGCGACGGAGGAAAGAAAAGUCCACCGAUUGGUGGGCGGCCAUCUUAGGAUAAUAAACCCGGACUCGGACGACUCCGAGCUGAUGACAGCGGCAAGCGGAUCCAGAGAAAAAACGACGAAAGCCGACGACGAAGACAAAAAAACGUUGGCCCAACAAGUGGCCGACGGAAAAUACGGAUUGAUACACAAGGAACUGUUCACCAAACCGCCCAAACGGCCUGGGGUGAUCAGUUACGCCGACAAUCCUGAAGUGCCUCUAGAUAAUAUUAAUACUUUGGGUGGGUUGACGAAGAACGAUAUUUGGUUAGCCGAGAAUCACUUGCUGGUGAUCAAAGGUGGCACCUAUCCACAACAUGAUGAUAAGAAUGAUUUUUCUGCUCCUAUUUGGCCCGCUAUUGACGAUUAUAAGGCACCAACAAGACAGGUAAAGAUACCUGCUCAUCCAAAGGUGCCGCCGCCCUUUCCCGUCCAGCUCCACGAGGGCGGGCCCCUUCAAAUCCUGGGCACAAACUCUUCGAGAACGCUUAAUGGAACUGAGACCGGCUACGCGCUCCCGCCUCCCGAAGGCUACGAGCCUGGCGAGGGGCCGUACUUCCCGUCGCCAUUCCCGCCUCCCUAUCCCGAUCCGACCAACCUUACUGCCGGGCAAGCUCCGUUCCCAAUACCUGGACUCCCUGCGCCGGGGGAGUACCCGGCGGGGGGGCCGUUCCCCCCCUUGAACGGCACCUUGCCUCCGUUCUUCGGUACUUUGCCACCUGGGGCCGCGAUCAUUCCGGCCCUGCCCCCCGUCAACCAGUCGGACUACGACGAGGACGACCCUUCGAUUUACUAUCCUCCGCCCUACAGCUUCUACUACCCCAAGGAUAACACAUCCUUGGUGCCGGCAGGUCCUCUGGUGCCAGGCAUAAUCCUGCCACCACCUCCCAACUUUUUCGCCCCAUUAGAAGAAACCACGAAGGCACCGUACCUAACAAGGAAACCAGCAAGGACGAGAAAACCGACCACCACCAAACCACCGACGCUGUACCCCACAACAACACCUCACUCAUCUACACCUAUAACACACAAAAAGACCACCAAGAAACCCACAAAGGUGUACCCGGUACAUGUGACCGAAAUAAACAACGAACUAAAACCUAUCGUAACAACAAGACCUCCAAAACUUGUCACCAUUAUUCCAGCGCGACAAUCGAACCGUACUUACGCGGCUGGAAAACCACAAAAGAAACAAAAGGUUACGAUAUUACGGCCAGUCAGCCCGACCACGCAAAAAAUAUACGCUUACAACAACGAAGCUGCGAAGAAACCGUUCAAUGUACAAUACGUCCCUCCAACAAAAUCCUCAAUAGUCAGCACAACUCAAGUGCCACUUAAGAUCUACUACAGCACCGCCAACGAGAUCGAGUCCAACUCCGUGACGCAGCAACCGCCACCGGAAAAAUUCAGUAUCCGCUUGCAACAGGUUAAUCCUCAAAGAGUGGUGACGACCAAGAAACCGGCGCAAUACUAUUUCUACGAGGAAGAACCGCAGCAGAACAGCGUGACUACGCAGAAACCAUACUUUAACAUACCCAAAGAGUACUACGUGCAGGCCAAGCCUUCACCGCCUGUGCAGCCUCAGCAGUCUCCUCAAUAUAUUUACGUGACUGGUCGGCCAUAUAAUACACAAAAACCCAAGUUUAGAUACGUGCAGCAACCACAGCGCGAUUCCUUCAGCAUUCAUAUUGCCAAGUUGCACAAACAAAUACACCAGUACUAUACUACACCUCGGCCGAGCUACAGGCCUAUACAUCAACCACGACCUGUAUAUCAAUACAGCUUCGAAGCUAAUGGUUAUCAGAAGCCAAAAGUAUUUAGACCUUCUGUACAGGACGACAGAACAGAGGAUAAAUUCAGACCACUACCCAAGUACAGCGUACAAAUCCAACAGGCUAUCGAAGUGAUUCCCACAGAGGCGUCACAGCAGUACCAAAACUCACCCUCGCCGGUGUACUACAGGCAAAACUACCCGAGUACAACAGCACAACCUGCCAAACCGGACUACGAUUACGAGGAAGCCGUCACGCAAAAACAAUACUUACAGCCUGCGGUUACGCCUCGACCUGUGGCGCAGUACCACUAUGAAGUAACGCCCAGCCCUGCUUAUCAACAGGGUUACUAUACUAAACCAGAGGAAGGCAACUUUGACGACAUAACCAAAAAGUACUUUACAAUGUUCGGAAAGAAAUUACCCAGCGGUACCACGCCUCUAACCAGAGUAGAAGCAACUACAGGGCGCCCCAUUUACAGGCAGGAGCAACAACAAAAUUAUAGGGGACAACAAAGACCCAUUUCGCUUGAAAGCGACACUUAUGUUAAUUACGUGAAUCCCAGACCAAGUGUGAAUCCGCAGGCGGAGUUGAUCAGUAACGUCCGGAACUAUCCGCAGGUCGCCAAAUACGUGCCGCGGCCUGCACAGCAACAAAACUACCGGCAACAACCGCGACAACCGUCGAAGCAACACUUGAGGGACGAACCGGAAAUAGUGAAGGCGAUUCCGGUGGAAGUGCCCGCUGAGGAAGAUCAAGGUGGCUCUUUUAUUUCCUAUCAACUUCCGGGCGACGACGGGGCGCACUUUUACUUUCUUACGCCGCAGUUGGCGCAGAGGCGCGAUCAGGGCGCCGGCUACUACUACAACACGAACCCGGAAAACGCCAGGAUACGACGGGAAAACGACAAAACUAGAUGAAAUAUUAAGAAAAUUAUACCCAUGUUUUUAUUGUGAUAAAACAAAUUGACGAUUAUUGUAAGGUUUUAUUUAUGUUGUGACUGCUUAGUGGCUAAUUUGAACUGUGAUUGCGCUAUAUUGUUUGUGAGUAUUUAAAUUGAGUGUUAUUUUUUUAGGACUAUUAUUUUGAUAUUUUUGCUAUAAAUUAAUAAUUUUUUUGUGUAACCAUGUCUUCCCAAAGUUAUAUUUAUAUAUGUUAUGUAUAAAAUAUUUAUUGCCUGUACAUAAUAAACAUGUUUGGGAAUUUGAUGAAAUAUAAAUUUGAAUUUAGUCUUGUUUUUGUAAAUAUUGAUAUGUCUGAAUAUUAUUUUAUUAUAAACAACCUGUAAACAAUAAAAAUGAAAAAAUAAAUCAUUUGAAUUGA